UGUCCCGGAAGCGGAAGCGCGGCCUCCGUGCUGUCAAAGUUUUAGUGUCUCUCGGUCCCGGGAAGGCUUGUCCAGGUCCCUCGCUGGCUUUGGAUCGCUUCUGCCGUGAAGGGUGGGAGCGCGGGCACGGACCAGCGAGAUGAGCACCAUGUUUGCAGACACGCUGCUCAUCGUUUUUAUCUCCGUGUGCACCGCGCUGCUCGCCGAGGGAAUAACGUGGGUCCUGGUUUACAGGACCGACAAGUACAAGAGAUUGAAGGCAGAAGUGGAAAAACAAAGUAAAAAAUUGGAAAAGAAGAAGGAAACUAUAACAGAGUCAGCUGGCCGACAACAAAAAAAGAAGAUAGAGAGACAAGAAGAGAAACUAAAGAACAACAAUCGAGACCUGUCAAUGGUACGAAUGAAAUCCAUGUUUGCAAUUGGCUUUUGUUUUACUGCCUUAAUGGGAAUGUUUAAUUCCAUAUUUGAUGGUAGAGUGGUAGCAAAGCUCCCCUUCACCCCUCUUUCUUACAUCCAAGGAUUGUCUCAUCGAAACCUGCUGGGCGAUGACACCACAGACUGCUCCUUCAUCUUUUUGUACAUUCUGUGUACUAUGUCAAUCCGACAAAACAUUCAGAAGAUCCUUGGCCUUGCCCCUUCUCGAGCUGCCACCAAGCAGGCUGGUGGAUUUCUUGGCCCCCCACCUCCUUCUGGAAAGUUUUCUUGAAAGAAAGCAGAAUUCUUUAUUUCCUGUCUACUUUCUAGACAUUCACAUCAGACUGCCAAGGCACCUGGCCACAUUCUAGUUUUGAGUUAUUUUUCAGCUUUUUGGAUAUGAUCGGAAUGAGAAUGGUGUUUAACUAGUGGGUUAGUUCUCUCAGCCAUGGAUGACUUUAGUAAGUGGACGCAUUGGUCAAAUUUGGGUGAUUUUUAUGUAAUCACAAAGAUCAUCUUUCUUCUAUCACUUAAGUAUUUCUGUGGGGCAAUGAUCAAGCCUGUGUAUGUGCCAUGUACCAUAGAAGCAGACUGUCUAUGAACAUUAGACAGCUAGGAGGAAAAACAGUUUGUAUAACAACUUAAUAGGAAGUUUUCGUUGUUUUUUAAAAAGCCAAAUAUGUCACUUAUGUUUGAUUUGAUAACAAGCCAAAUUUUUAGCUGUUUCAUUUAGAGAGAUAUUUGAUUUUUUUUGCAAAUUUAAAUAAAAUAUUUUCUUUAAUCUGAACAUAAGGGUAAGCAUUGGCCCAGAAGAGCUAAAAUAAAAUUUUGUCAUGUGUUCCUAUACUAACCUUGUCUCAUAUGUUCAAAAUAUGGAAUUGUCCUAGCGUACAAUUUGAAAGUGUUCUAGUUUGCUUUGUGUUGCUUUGAUAAAGAUUGUGGUCAGAAGCAACUUAGGGGAGGAAAGGGUUUAUUUCACCUUUCACUGCCAGGUCACAGUUCAUCCUUGAGUGAAGUAAAGGUUAGAAUUCAAGCAGGAUCCAAAGCAGAAGCCAUGGAAAAACGCUGCUUACCAGCUCUCUCUCUGACUUGCCUCAGCUAGCUUUCUUAUACAGCCCUGGCCCACCCUGUCUAGAAGACUCUACACUACAGAGGCCUGGACUGGGCCUCCUACAUCACUCAUCAGUGAAGACAGUCUCUCCCAGACAUGGCUAUAAGCCAGGCUGACCUGGGCGAUUUCUUAAGUUCCCCCUUGCCAGGUGACUCUGGGUUAUGUAAAGUUGACAAUAAAAACUAGCACAAAAAGUAAGAGUAAAAAGGAAAGGGAGAACGCCAUGAUUAGAUAAUCUGUGCUUAUCUGGUGCGAUUCUGCUUGACUUGAAAGAAACAACUUCAUGGGAGAGGGCUGGUUUCUCUUUACUGGAGACAGUACUUGGAGUCUGAUCUCAGAGCACUGCUCAUGGAAACCGUUAUUUCUAGAGCUUUCUGUGAACAUAAUAUUUGUUGUUUUAAAGCAGAUUACAUCAUGAGCUCAUACUGUCCAAGCUACAGCAUCUAUUUUACUUCUCUGGUUUGUAUUUCCUUUAUCAAACCAUGUUUAGAAUUACAGUUUUUAGUGCAGACCUGAUGGAAGUGGAGUACCACACAAUUGCCCUCUGGCUUAUUCUCAGACACACCCAGAAGUCUCAACUGACCACAAGCAUUAGCCAGCAAGGCAACCAAAGCUUCUAGAAUGUAUUGAUUUUGGUAGGGAGCAGUGCCAUCGCAUUGGGAACUCACAGUCAGAUAACAGAUUUCCAGUAAUAUUUCCGAGAUUUUUAUGUCGUCAUAUCUGAUUGUCUUACUUCUCUGAGAAUAGCCACUCCAUGGCUCCUACUGCCCUUUAAGUCAGUUUAAACUGUUGCACACACAUCAUCACCCCAAGCCAGAUCUCAGUUCUCCUACACCUCUGUUCCCUGCUUCCUGAAUCCCAGGCUUUAGUUAUCAAAGCUGACUAAAUAAAUUCUUUAUUUUUCUUGUG